GUAGUCGUUCACUGCUUCUUCUCGUUCGUGUUGCUGCUUCUUUGAUCUCGGAGAAAAAUGCCUGAUCCGGCGAAAUCUGCUCCGGCUCCCAAGAAGGGCUCUAAGAAGGCGGUCACCAAGGUGCAGAAGAAGGACGGCAAGAAGCGCAAGCGCAGCCGUAAGGAGAGCUAUUCGGUGUACGUAUACAAGGUGCUGAAGCAGGUACACCCCGACACCGGCAUCUCAUCCAAGGCCAUGGGCAUCAUGAACUCCUUCGUCAACGACAUCUUCGAGCGCAUUGCGGGCGAGGCGUCGCGUCUGGCGCAUUACAACAAGCGCUCGACCAUCACGUCCCGGGAGAUCCAGACAGCCGUCCGCCUGCUGCUGCCCGGGGAGCUGGCCAAGCACGCUGUGUCCGAAGGCACCAAGGCGGUCACCAAGUACACCAGCUCCAAGUAAGGGUGCACAAGCGACUUGACUGAUUUCAACCCAAAGGCUCUUUUCAGAGCCACUUAAGCUGUCGUAAGAAAGGGCUGUAAGCACUAAGGGUCUGUUAGCGUUAGGCCUCAGGGAGCUCUGAUUAGAGGACUGCCACAUCAAUUUCGUUUGAGGCUAAAGUGGGAUUUAAUAUAGUGAAGGUAGAAAGACCCCUGCUGAAGUAUAAGAAAUGCUUUUCUUUUAUUUGACCCCUCAAGUUCUGUCCUAGCUGGCUUCCUUGUAAGUGGCUUCACCAAGGAAUUGCUCCCCUAUUCUGGGACAUUUUCAAAUACCUAGAGUGCCUAUUAUUGCACGACACGGGGAGGGAUGCUGCUGGCAUCUAGUGGGUAGAAGCCAGUACUGCUGAGAAGCAUCCUAUAAUGCACUGGUAAUCUUCAGCUAAAUAAUUCGGGGCUCAGACCUCAAUCAUUGGGAUCAACUUCAACCUGUUCAGCCUAGGUUUUUGCUUGCUGGUUGAUGAAAGCUGAACAUUUUUUUUUUUUUUUUGAGACAGUCUCUGUAGGCCCAGCUGGCCUGGAACUCAAUAUGUAGAUCAGGCUGACCAAGAUCCCAACAGAUCUACCAGCCUCUGCCUCCUGAGUGCUGGGAUUAAAGGUGUGCGCCAUUACACCCUGCAAGAUAAUCAGCCCCUUUGUAGAAAUGUUUUGUCUGAAUUAUUUUAAGUACCUAAACUCAUUGUCAUAUCUUCAUAUUGGCAUCAAAAUAGACAGGUAGUAGAAACCAGAAUGACGUGUAUGUGUGUGUGUGUGUAUAACAGUUUUAGGGCUACCCCCAGAGUUAACUUCUGAUCUCCAUGUGCACGCACACACAUACAGGCAUACACAUGCACACAAAUAAAUACACAAUUAUAUACAUAGAAUGUGAUUUUAAGAUUACUAGGAGAGUUCACCACAGCAAAACUUGAAUUCCAAUCCUUUGUCUACAGAAAAAUAGUCACGAUGUUUGCUUCAUUUGUUUAACAAAGCUUAUUUCUUAUUUGUGAUCAUUGGGAUGUGUUUAUGAGGGAAAGGUUCAUAACUGAGAACUUUCUGGAAAUUUUUUAUGGUGAGGAGAAAGUAGAGUUGCAUAGAUUAGAAAAGCAAGGUAAAACACUGUGUCAAUUCUUCCUGUCAUGAAGAAAUGUAUUUGAAAUUAUAAGCAUAGGUUGAGUCACACAGAUUGAAUUGACAGCCCCUUACAACUCGGAUAUGUCAAGGUAGCUAAUUAUAUGUGAAGACCCUCCCAGCAGUGUU